AUGGUGACCACGAGAAACGCUAGCACUGAGGAGACGAGCGGAAUUGUACGCGCUCUGGAGAUGAGGAUGGAAGAGAUGCAAAGGAGACAUGAAGAGAUGCAAAAGAAACACGAAGAGGAGAUGGCGGCCGUGCGUGCCGAGUGUCUAGCCCAGCUACGCCAGGAGAAGGAAAAACAGACGGGGGAAGGCAGCAAGGAGGCCCACAGUAGUGCACGGGGUCAGGGUGACCAGGAGAAAGGGAAGCAGAAGAGUACCGAGGAGGAAGAGAAGGAGAGGGGGGAGGAAAGUUUGGUGUUGGUUAAGUCGGAGAUACCGUCGGUACCAGUGCCAUUCGUCCAAGCUGUGAUGGACGUCCGUAUUUCAGAUCAGUUCAUUCCCCCACAAUUCAAGAUGUACGACGGUACCAGUGAUCCCGACGCACAUGUCAAGUCGUUUACUAAUGCCAUGGCCUUCCGGACGGGAAGUGAUGCCAUCUGGUGCCGGGCAUUCUCACUGUCCCUCGAAGGCGAAGCCUUAGAGUGGUUCAACUCCAUACCUAACGGCUCGGUAGAAAACUUCAAGGGACUAAGCGGCAUGUUCAGCGAUCAAUUCGCCGCAUGCCGACCACAAGAUACUACUCUGGUCGAUCUAAUGAAUAUGAAGCAAGGGAAAGAGGAGGCGCUUAGAGCCUUCAUGGAACGAUUCACCAAAGUGGUCCGGCGGGUCAGGGGACUGAGCGUGGAGAUGGCCUUGCAGUAUGUGAUGCCGGCCCUUAGGCCGGGACCCUUUAAGGAGAGCGUUUGUCGAAACCCGCCUAAGGAGCUGGAAGAAUUACGCCAGCGGGCGACGGACGAGGCCAGGGUGAAGGAGAUGAAACAAAACUAUCGAAGGGAGAUGCAGGAAGCGAAGGAUAAAGGCGAGGGCAAACAGGGUCAAUCGCAACGGCCCGCCGGUGCAAAAGGGCGAGACGGCCCUCGGGUCCCCCGUUUCCCCCAAUACACUCCUCUCAAUGCUCCCCGGGCGCGGAUACUGCAAGAAGCUCUAAGCACGCAGAUAAUGCAUGCCCCGCAAAAACGUCCGACUCCUACAGGAGCCGACAACGGCAAACACUGCCUGUAUCAUCAGAACAUGGGCCACGACACUGAAGACUGCAUGACGCUCAAGGACCGAAUAGAGGAGCUCAUCCAGGCCGGGCAUUUGAAACAAUAUAUAAGAAACCACCAGAACGAAACAGUCUCUGCUGGACGUCCGCCCCCGAGAGAAAGGAGUCCAAGGACGUCGACGGACAGAGGACGUAGAGACGUCCGCCCGCGAUAUCCACGCGAGCACGAUGAACGGGGAAGGAAUUCGGAGAGACGAAGAGAGAGAAGCAGAAGCCGCAGCAGGAGCCGAGCGGGCGGCAGCGGGGGGCCAUUGCGGGGAAUGAUUAACACGAUCUCUGGCGGAUUCGCAGGUGGGGGAACGUCGUCGUCGGCACGGAAGAGGAGCAUCCGUCACCUACGGUCCAUACACGCCGUUGACAUCCCCAGGCGAACAAUGCCUCCCAUCACAUUUUCUGAUGAAGACUUUCAUGCACUAGACCCUGAACAAGACGACCCUAUGGUCAUUACGGUCGAAAUCGCGCGGUAUGGAGUAGGCAAGGUGCUAGUCGACCAAGGAAGUUCGGUCAACAUACUAUACUGGAAGAUAUUCCGGCAGAUGGACAUCUCCGAAGACCUCAUCGUCCCAUACGAUGAACAACUGGUGGGUUUCGCAGGAGAAAGGGUCGACACCAGGGGAUAUCUGGACUUGUGGACGCACAUCGGGGCCGGACGAGAGGGAGAAGAGAAAAAGGUGCGAUAUUUGCUGGUGGAUGCUAAUACAUCUUACAACGUCCUCUUAGGACGACCAUGUCUGAACUCCUUUGGGGCUAUCGUCUCCACCCCCCAUCUAACAAUGAAGUAUCCCACAUCUCGGGGGACGAUAUGUACCGUCCGCGCCGACCAGAAAGUAGCGCGGGAGUGUUACGCAGCCGGUCUCAAAAUGUACCCCCGAGAGACAAGGCGGAGGACAGGCGGGGCAAGUGUCGCGAUGGCCGACCUAGACCCCCGUACCAACACCGAGGACCGCCUCGAACCGCAGGGGGAAACCCAGCCAAUGAUAGUGGGAAAGAGCCCUGAUCAGGUCACCUUCAUAGCCCAAGGGCUGGAGGAGGAGAUGGAGAGGCAGCUCCGGGCUGCCCUUUGGCGUAACCGGGACCUUUUCGCAUGGACAGCUGCUGACAUGCCAGGGAUCCAUCCCUCUAUCAUGGCACACCGUCUGUCCCUGUUCAGGGAAGCCAGGCCGAUAGCCCAAAAGAAGAGAAAAAUGGGAGAAGAAAAGAGGCGGGCAGUCCAGGAGGAAGUCCGGAAAUUGCAGACGGCCNGGUUCAUUCGAGAGAUUACUUACACCACCUGGUUAGCCAACGUAGUCAUGGUGAAGAAGUCGAAUGGUCAGUGGCGAAUGUGUACAGACUACACUGACCUCAACAAAGCUUGCCCCAAAGAUUCUUAUCCACUGNCCAGCAUCGAUGUUCUCGUAGACCGGGCGUCCGGACAUCAGAUUCUUAGCUUCUUGGAUGCUUAUUCAGGAUAUAACCAGAUACCUAUGCACAAUCCUGACAGAGAAAAGACGGCCUUCAUGGCCGAUCAAGCCAACUUCUGUUUCGAAGUCAUGCCCUUCGGGCUCAAAAAUGCCGGUGCCACUUACCAGCGCUUGAUGAACAAAAUCUUCACCGACCAGAUAGGCCNUUGUCUGGACGUCUACGUCGAUGACAUGGUCGUCCGAUCGGCCGAAGGAGCCCAACAUCUGCGAGAUUUGGAGGAAGUCUUUAGACAGGUGAGGCGGUAUGGGAUGCGACUCAAUCCGGCCAAGUGCACGUUCGGAGUCGCGGCCGGCAAAUUCUUGGGCUUCAUGCUAACGUCCCGGGGAAUCGAGGCCAACCCGGAUAAAUGCAGGGCGGUGCUGGAGAUGCAGACCCCUCGAACGGUAAAGGAGGUACAGAGACUAGUCGGCCGUUUGACUGCACUAUCCCGAUUUGUACCAAAGUUAGCGGAACGGGCGGCUCCUAUCCUGAAGAAGAUGAAGAAAGCAUCAGCCAACAGUUGGGACGAUGACUGUGAGACGGCUUUCCAGGCAAUCAAAGGCGUCCUUACCCAGCCUCCCAUCAUGAACAGACCUUCUCCGGGCGAAGACCUCCAGGUUUACCUAGGGCUCUCUGAAACUGCGGUCAGUGCCGUCCUGCUGCAAGAAAAACCCACACCCAAGCUCAUAUAUUUCGUUAGCCGGACACUGACCGACGUUGAAACCCGAUAUCAACAGGUGGAGAAAGUAGCCCUAGCCCUCCUUCAUGCCUCUCGAAGACUGCGCCAAUACUUUCAAAGUCACCAGGUGGUCGUACGUACCGACCAUCNGGUCUCGAAAAUUUUGAGAAAACCCGAUCNGGCCGNAAGGAUGGUAGGUUGGGCAGUAGAACUAUCUGAAUUUGGCAUCAGAUACGAGCCGAGGGGCUCCGUCAAGGGGCAACAUCUGGCGGAUUUCGCAGCAGAAAUACCGAUGAUCGGCCAUGAGGAAUGGUUAUUGUACGUGGAUGGGGCGUCAGGCCGAACGGUUAGCGGCGCGGGUGUCNUCCUUGAAGGUCCCAACGGGUUCUUAAUAGAACACUCGUUAAUUUUCAAGUUCAAAACCUCAAACAACCAGGCGGAGUACGAAGCUUUGUUGGCCGGUUUACAACUGGCCAAAGACAUGGGGGCCCGUAGGGUGAUCUGCCGAACUGACUCACAGCUGGUAGUCGGCCAAAUGAAUGGUGAUUUUCAGGUACGGGAGGACCACCUCCUAAAAUACUAUCACCAGGCUUGUUCUUUGGUGAAAGAGUUCGAUGAUGUGAAAAUCGAGCACAUUCCCCGGGAACAGAACGCCCGGGCCGACCUACUGUCCAAACUCAGUACUAGAAAAGAGAAAGGACAGCUCACGACUGUCAUCCGACAGGUCCUCCUACAACCUUCGGUCGAAUGUUUGGCUACCUCUUCGAGCGACACCGCCGACUGGAGGACCGAGAUCCGGAACUUAAUCCGCAAGCAAGAUCGCGGUGAGAGCUUAUGCCCAGCGGACUCUAAGCGGGUUACCCGGUUCAUGAUUAUCGGUAACGAUUUAUACCGCCGCGGUUUCUCAUCACCCCUACUCAAAUGCCUGGCGGAGAACGAAGCACAGUACGUGAUGAGCGAACUACACCUUGGAGUAUGUGGCUUCCACACGGGCGGGCGAGCACUCAAAGCUAAGACGUUACGAGCAGGAUACUACUGGCCGACGAUGGAAGCCAAUGCGGUAGAAUUUACCCGCCGGUGCACCCAAUGUCAGGCCCAUGCCAACAAUCACCACACUCCUUCGCAAAAGUUACACACCAUCGUUUCCCCUUGGCCGUUCGCUCAAUGGGGGAUGGACAUAGUCGGACCGUUUCCCCCGGCCACGGGGCAACGCAAGUUCUUGCUGGUGGCCAUCGAUUACUUCACAAAGUGGGUAGAGGCCGAGCCACUCGCCACCAUCACAGCCUCCCAAGUCCAAAAAUUCUGUUGGAAACUCAUUUGCAGGUUNGGCUUGCCUCGAACGAUCGUAACCNACAACGGUAGGCANUUCGUCGACCGAAGGCUGGAAACGUUCUUCAGGGGAUUGGGUAUAAAACAUGCCACAAGCUCAGUAGAACACCCUCAGACGAANGGGCAAGCUGAGGCAGUUAACAAAACCAUUGUCGCCGAACUCAANCGAAGAUUAGGAGACAAGAAAGGAGCGUGGGCGGACCACUUGCCCGAGGUCCUCUGGGCUUAUCGGUGCACCCCGCACGGCACGACUGGAGAAACGCCCUUNAACUUGACGUACGGUACAGACGCCAUGUUACCNGUAGAAUUGGGCGAACCAUCCUUACGACGAAACAUCGAGAAUCUCCAGAUAAACGACCAAGAGUUACGGGUCGAACUUGAUACGAUCGACGAACGACGCGAUCGGGCAGUGCUAAGGGCAGAAGCAUGUCGUCGCAUGGUGGAACGCAAGUACAACACCAAAGUCCGUCCGCGUCAGUUCCAUGAAGGGGACCUCGUAUGGAGAAAGGCCGGGGAAGCACGUCGUGUGGCAGCUCAUGGCAAGCUCGCAGCAAAGUGGGAAGGCCCGUUCAAAGUUGUAGAAGCUUUGGGCAACGGCGCAUACCGCCUCACUCGGUUGGACGGCCGGCAAAUUACCAACACUUGGAAUGCGUCACAUCUUAAACUUUAUUUUAGCUGA